UUUGGCGGUCAGUUUUCCUUGAUUUAGUGGUGGCGUUGUUUACUUCUGAGGCAGCCGUUUUGCCACCCCUUGCUCGGUUCUGAUACCGAUCCGGGAUUUCGACAUGCCCUACGCUGACGACCCAAUCGGCGGACGAUUAUGACUACAGCGGCGAAUUGGGUGGUUAACGGGGCAAGCCUAGAAGACUGCCAUUCCAACCUUUUCUCUCUGGCGGAGUUGACCGGCAUAAAAUGGCGGUGCUACAACUUCCGCGGCGGAGGCGAAUAUGGGCCGGUAAUCUCUGCACCAGCGCAAGACGACCCCGUUCUACGCAGUUUCAUGCGCUGCGUGCAGGCUAACUUACUGUGUGUGUGGCGUAGACGGCUCAAACCGGGUGCUAAAGAACUUUGGAUCUUCUGGUGGGGGGAGGAGCCUAACCUGAGUGACAUCAUUCACCAUGAACUUGAAAUGGUGGAGGAGGGCCUAUGGGAAUGUGGGCUUUCUUACGAGUGCAGGAUACUCCUCUUCAAAGCCAUUCACAACCUGCUGGAAAGAUGUCUGAUGGAUAAGGAUUUUGUGCGCAUUGGGAAGUGGUUUAUCAAGCCAUACGAACUGGAGGAGAAGCACCUUGGCACCAGUGAGCACCUCUCCUGUUCCUUCACCUUCUUUCUCCAUGGAGAGAGCAGUGUGUGCACCAGCGUGGAGAUUGCCCGGCACCAACCAGUCUACCAUGUCACUGAGGAGCACAUAAGCCUGGCCCAAACCUCCUCUGGCCCCAUUCAAGUGGUUCUGAGUCCAUAUGGCCUCAAGGGGACACUGACAGGGCAAGCUUAUAAAAUGAGUGACCCAGCAGUGCGUAAGCUAAUGGAGGAGUGGAGCUACUUCUACCCCAUGGUUCUGCGUCGCCAUGAAGGUGAAAAAGAAGAUGGAGAACCCACCUAUGACUCUCAUAGCCAUGUCGCUGUAGAAGUUAUCGUAGCCGGUGUGAGGAUGAUCUAUCCAGCAGCCUUUGUGCUCAUUGCUCAGGCCGACCUGCCUGUGGAACAACCACCAUCUGUUGCUGGAGUUCAGGGUGGGGGCAGAGAUGCCGCCAACUGUGGGAUCCCUCUCACUCCACCCACCUCACCACAGCAACCGUGCUCAGAUGACACCAGUUUUCAGGCACCUGUCAACAGUGUCUCUGGCCAGGACGGUGGCUUAACUGUAAGCCCAAAACACUCUGGUAGGAAGAUGACCAGUGAGAUGGUUCAUCAGGCAUGGAAGGAGUGUUACCUGAACCAACUGCAGCGCAAAUGCAAUCUGACAAAUGGUAAUGAAAUGAAGGAAGUUUCACAUGAGACGUCUCCAUGGGACUUCACCAACACGGGGGAGAGGGCACAGUGCAACUGCUCCAGGUUGAAGCAGCAAAAACAGCAGCAACAGCAGCAAGCCAACACUUCCACUGCCAGCUCACAACCUAUUGCCAACUCUGUGCCCUCCUCCUGCUCCAACCCCAACUUACACCCACCUUCUUCUACACUCAAGCACAAAACUGCUGACAAGCCUGACAAGUCAGACAAAGGGCCCAAGCGGUCCACAGUCACUCCCUUCCAUCACCGCCUGUCAGUUGGCCAAGAAGCCUGUCCAGAGCAUGACUCUUCUGCUGGCCCUCAGCUUGGUUUGGUGGCCCUGGAGACCCCUCUGGACCCUCUUCCCAGCUGCAAGUAUUCAAAGCCACUGUCAGCCAUCAGAAAAGGCCCAGAGUCUCUCCUUCACUCCCCAAUGUCACCACUUCCCCCUACCCUAAGUCCACAUCCACGGGUGCAGGACCAGGAGGUGCUGGAGACCCAGGUCAGCUUGCCCAGCUGUACUGAGGGACCUUUGUGCCCAGGACCCAUGGAACUGAGUGAAACAGCAUUGUACACGUCCCCACUUAGCCACAGAGAACCUGGAGGUGACUGGUGGAAGAGUUAUAAGAUCCCGAGUGUGGAGAGGGUGGAGUAUAAACCUCCUGAGUUGCCCUGCGAUGUACUGGAGAACAAGCCAGAGAGUGUAAAUGACGGGACUGCACUAAAGAGACUUUUCACGCAGACUCAGAAAAAUUUCAAAAUUUCUGAAGAGCAGAUAAGGGAACACAUUAGCAACCUGGGACUCCUGCAACAGCCUGGUGUGGAGGAGAUGUGUGACCCUGGAGAUGAUCCCUAUGACUUCAAGGAGGGGGACAUAGAGUAUAGCUUUCCCACCACCAAGAGACUGAAGGGCCAGUCAAGAGAAAAGACUAACAAGUCAAAGGGAGAGGAGAUAAGUGGCAAUAGUGCUGUUGAAGGGAAGGAUGCAAUGUCCAUUUUUAGCACAGCUCCAAAAUCAGAAUUACCUCAAGAUGAUGCAGCAACUAAAGGCAAUGCUCCACUGACCAGAGAAAGAGAUUUAGUAGUCCUCAUCUCUGAUUUGGAGAACAUCUUUGAUGAGGAUGAGGAUGAACUUGGGACAACAUUUCCCAACCAGCAAUCAGCCAAGACUGCACUUCCUGGUGCAGAGGAGCGCCCUCUGUCAAUUGAGGGAAGAGUUGCAGUGCCAUAUCCCUCAACAGUAGCAGAGCUUCAGCGUAUGUUCCCAACACCCCCCUCUUUGGAGCAGCAUCCUGCUUUCUCGCCCAUUAUGACCUAUAGAGAUACGCCCUGUCAGGAGCCACCCACCUCUUCAGCAGUGCUCGACCACCCCCCCGGCCCCAUCACUAACACUCAGCUGGCUGAGUUCAAGAUGGAAGUGGAGGAGUGCAUGGCUAGCCCCAAAGCUGAGGACAUACGGGACUUCUCAUUUGUGUAUCGUGUCCCCUCAAUCCAGCCACAGAUGGGCUGCUCCAUGUUCGCCCCACUACGGACCCUACCCAGCCAGUGCUUGCCACCACUCAAGAUCCCUGAACACUGCUAUUACAGGCCUUCCUGGGCACUCCUGCCUAAGAUGGAUCAUUUCAGCCUGCCCUCUCAGGGGCCCUUUAUUCGUGAGGGAUACAUUAAUGCUCCCAGUGGCUCUACCCUGCUGGACCAGGACUAUGGCCAGAUGAACUCCAGUGCCAUCUCUAUCGGUACCACCAGCGGUGUCCUUCCUUCACCAGCUACACCUCGCUUCUCCGUGCCCACCCCUCGUACUCCGCGCACCCCCCGAGGCAUAGGUGCCGCCAGUGGACAAGGCUCAGUCAAACAAGAUGGCACAGAGCUGAGCUCACCAGCCUCCACACCGUCAGCCAGCCUGCCCUUGAGCUCAGUAGAACCAGCGGCUACGGGUCCUGCGUUGCCAGAGGCCCACAGCCUCUAUGCUGUCCUGCUGCUCUCGGACUCAGUGUUGGACAUCUUCAAGGACUGCAAUUUCGACAGCUGCUGCAUCUGUGCAUGCAACAUGAAUGUGAAGGGUGCAGAUGUAGGCAUCUACAUUCCAGAUUCCACGCGUGAGGAUCAGUACCGCUGCAUGUGUGGCUUCAGUGCAAUCAUGAACCGGAGGCUGGCCCAUGACGCAGGCCUCUUUCUAGAGGACGAACUGGAUAUCUUUGGUCAUGGCUCAGAGACGGGGAGGGCAGCAGAGCGCAGGUUGGCACUUUGUCGGCGCGAUGCUGGUAUGUGGUCCCAGGAACCCCCAUCCGCAGUUUUAGAGCUGUUGCAGGAACAGUGUGCGCAGCCUAUCCCCUCGUUGGCCUCGCUGAGCCUGCCAGUCACCCGUUCUACACGCCAUGGCAGACAGGGGGCACUGUUGCAGAGCUGGGCAGCAGACAAACUGUGGGCAAGCAGUAGCGAUGCCUGUGUGGAGUGCUACAAUGCUUUGGUGCAGGGCCAGCAAUAUGUGGACAACCCGGCGGGUGGGAAAGUAGACCAGGCCACCGUCAGGAGCAGUGCCUUGCACUCCUGGCCUCAUACUAACGUGCUGGACAUCAGCAUGUUGUCCUCCCAGGAUGUGGUGCGGAUGCUGCUUUCCUUACAGCCCUUCCUGCAGGAUGCCAUUCAGAAGAAGAGGACAGGCAGAACCUGGGAGAACAUCCAACAUGUACAGGGCCCCCUCACAUGGCAACAGUUCCACAAGAUGGCUGGUCGAGGUUCUUACGGUUCAGAGGAAUCGCCAGAACCGCUCCCUAUUCCUACAUUAUUACUAGGUUAUGACCGGGACUUCCUGGCAAUGUCGCCGCUUGCACUUCCCUUUUGGGAGAAAUUGCUGUUGGAGCCAUACGGGGGCCAGAGAGAUAUAGCUUUUCUGGUGCUCUGUCCAAGUAGUGACACCCUGCUUGCUGGCGCACGCACCUUCUUCCAAGAGCUCAGUGCUGUCUAUGAGGCAUGCCGACUAGGGAAGCACAGGCCCUUGGCUCGGGUCUCCAGAGAUGGCCUGGUACACGUGGAUUCAGCUGAGCCUGAGGAGCAGGAGGAGGAUGUGGUGGUGGACCAUUGGCUUACAGGAUCCUGGGCUGGGCCACAACAGGAGGACAACCUCAACAAACUGAAACUCUAUGCCCAUACCUGCAGAAAGAGGCUGGCCCCACAGCUCUCCACUCUUUCACUGGACAGCAGUCUCCUACUGCCUCCCAAGCCCCAGCCUCCUCCAGCUCCUGCUCCCAACAGUACAGCCCAGUCUGCAUCUUCCAGUCAGCCUCAAUCCUCCAGUCAGCCCUCCUCAGGUCCUGGAACAGAAGGAGAGGCAGUGGCAGCUCCUAGCUCAGGCAACAACCUGACUCCCACAGGUGCCACGACUGGACAGUCAAACACAACUGAAUCAGCGCAGGGUGGUGCGUCUGAAUCAAAGAGUGGUCUGAAUUCCACAUCAAACCUGACCCAGCCAACAGAAAACCCAGAAAGCUCGGCAGAGAGAGAGCGUAUUGGCAUUCCCACCAUGGCUGAGUCAGCAGACAGCCAUGCACACCCACCGGCCAUCGUGUUGUAUGUGGUGGACCCGUUCAUGUACAGAGGUGGUGGCGAGGAAGAAGAGGAAGUGGAGUCCGGCAGCGUGUGGCUGCUUGCGCUAUUACGCUGCUACACAGACAUGUUACAUUUGCUGCCAGAGAACCUGCGCCCCGCUGUAGUGCUGCAGGUGGUGCCAUGUCAGUACCUGCUGCAGCCAGCCAGUGGUGAUAGCCCUCUUUACCUCCAGCACCUACGAUCUCUGGCCUUCUCCACCUACUCACAGUGUAGACGCCUGUUGCCCAAACAGACACAUAUCAAGUCUCUCACAGGCUUUGGCCCAGCUGCCACGGUUGAAUCUGUGCUGAAGAACCCUGAGAACCCUAGCCCCAUGCUGGUGUACUGUCCCCCUUUCAUCCUGGGUCCUACACGAAAUAAGCAGCCAGACAAUGGGGACAUCUGCUCAGAAGCGGCACCCCGCUACAAUGUGCUUUUUGUUGGCUACUGUCUAUCUCAUGACCAGCGCUGGAUAUUGGUAUCCUGCACUGACCAGCAAGGGGAGCUCCUGGAGACAUGCACCAUCAACAUAUAUGUGCCUAACAGGGCUCGACGACCUAAGUUCUCUCCACGGAAAGUGGGACUCCAGAAGUUGUGGGAGUGGUGCAUUGGCAUUAUUCAAACGACAUCUGUGCCAUGGAGAAUUGUAAUAGGUCGACUAGGUCGUCUAGGACAUGGAGAGUUGAAGGAUUGGAGUAUACUCCUGGGAGAACAUUCUCUGCACUCCAUCAGUCGGCAGCUGAGGGAAGCCUGUCGUAUCUGCGGCAUCUCGGCAGGUGACUCUCCCUCCAUCCUCAGUGCAUGCCUGGUGUCCAUGGAGCCCCAGGGAUCAUUUGUGGUCAUGCCAGAUGCAGUGACGAUGGGCUCAGUGUUUGGUCGAAGCACUGCACUUAACCUGCCUUCAUCACAACUGAACACGCCACAGGAUGCCUCCUGCACUCACAUCCUGGUCUUUCCCACUUCUUCCACCACACAGGUGGCCCCCAGCUCUGAUCCUGUAGAGGACAACCCUGAUGACAUGUUUGGUCUUCCCUUCCCCGAUGAGCUUGAUGACAUUGGACACGAUAUGAUGCUGAUAACAGGGAACUUGCACUCCUCUCCCAACACCUCUCCUGUGGCCUCCCCAGGGUCUCCAUCUGGCCUGGGAGUGAGCUCACACUUCCAGCAUACCCGGAGUCAGGGAGAGAGGCUGUUGUCCCGAGAGGCUCCAGAGGAGCUGAAGCAGCAGCCAUUAGCUCUGGGUUAUUAUGUGUCUACGGCUCAGGCUGACGGUCUGCCUCAUUGGUUCUGGGCCUCCUGCCCACAAGCACAGAACCAGUGUCCACUCUUCCUCAAGGCCUCUCUGCAUCAUCAUAUUUCCAUAGCUCAGACUGAUGAGCUCUUGUCCAAUAAGACUUCUCAGAGAAGCCCUCAUCCUCUGGACUCUAAGACCACCUCUGAUGUGCUCAGGUUUGUGUUGGAGCAGUACAAUGCUCUCUCCUGGCUGACGUGCAAUCCUGCCACUCAAGAUCGCCGUUCUUGCCUCCCCGUGCACUUAACCAUCCUCACACAGAUGUACAACGCCAUUCUCAACAUGCUGUAGAGUGAGGACUCUUUGCCUCUGAACUGGAUCUACUGCAUUGUCCCAUUCAGAAAGCUGGGGAUGUGACCUCUGUCAGGGGCACUGGGCACUGUGGCCCCAGCUCUAUUACUGCCUCCUCUACAGGCCUGGCACUCCUUUGUCCCCACUACAGAAACGAGUAGCUUCAAGCUAUAGACCAAGCAAAGGUUUUCUCUGAUCUCCAUUGCGGCUACUUGCCCGUCAUACCCCCAAUGACUUUGUCUUUUUCAAUCAGCUUUGAAACCAGCCGAGGUCAAUUACUACCCUUUAACUGACAGUACGCAAAGACUGAUGUUAUAUGCUCAAACCUGAGAAAAUGGAAGCAAAUAUUGGAUUGCAUCCUUUUGUAUCACACACAAGACAUAUGCCAAGGUUGAAAAUGGCUAUCGGAGCAGCCAUAUUUUUAAAAUAAUUUAUUUUUUUGCCUUUCAAUUUCGAACCUUAACACCAUUCAAAGAUCUAAAAAGCAUCCCAGGGAGAGUAUUUAGUCGGACUUAAUAAACAUAGAGGAAUAAAAUUGUGGAAUCUGCGACAGUAUCAGCCAUGACCUCAUAUGUAUUAUUGCCAGCAACUGAUUCUUUCCAGUGUUAAACAGAAAUGUCAGUAACUUCACUAUGGAGUGGACACUUUUUGUGUAGUCUGUUUGCUUUGUCUACAUCCCCAUAGUAUUCUUAUACCAGGCUUGGAGUUUGUUUACAUCUAACUGGGCUUGAACUGAUUUUAGUGGUGGUGGGACCACCCUUACCAUAAGAGUUACUUCAAAGUUUGUGCAAACGUGUGACUUGGUGGGAAGGUUUUGAAGCCACCUCAGAAUGUUCAGGCUGGACAGACACCUGUACUAUCUCCAGGUCGGAUUUCAGCAGCCUGGUUAGAAUAAGCUGAAAGCAUCUGUCCACUCUACACUAACCACCCUAAACAUAUCCUGGAACCCUGCUGACUGUGUGGAUAUUUGGCGUAUCCACAUGGAAUACAUAGCAUGAGCUAUUCAUGAAGCCCUUCAUUCACAAUGUACUCCACUAAGAGCUCUUUUAAGAGGGUAAAGAAUUCAGUCUCUGCUGAGGGCAGAAAUGUUAGCAACUGGCACUUUUUUUCUUUGAAAUUUUUGUGACAUUUAUGUUAUUGAAGAUUAACAUGCUGA